GCGUUUGGCAGUUGUUUCACGUGGCAGCGUUCGGCGAUUGUUUUUUGUUGACGUAUCGGAUCAUCUGCCCAAAAGAAAAAAUGGCGGUGGAAGCACCUAGUAAAGCCGAUAUUGAGGCCAUUUUUAAGAGGUUACGGUCAAUUCCCACAAAUAAGACAUGUUUUGAUUGUGGAGCCAAAAAUCCUACGUGGUCAACUGUGACUUUUGGAGUCUUCAUCUGCAUCGAUUGCUCUUCAGUCCAUAGAAAUUUGGGAGUCCACCUCACAUUUGUCCGUUCCACACAGCUGGACACACAAUGGACAUGGGUGCAAUUACGAAGCAUGCAACUCGGAGGAAACGCCAAUGCCGCAACUUUCUUCCGGCAGCAUAACUGCACCACUAUGGAUGCACAGACCAAGUACAACUCUAGAGCAGCCAUGCUGUACAAGGAAAAGCUUUCCAAUCUAGCUAUCCAAUCUUUGAGGAUUCACGGAACUCAACUUCACAUCGAUUCAGGCACGGAAGCAGUGGCUCCCCAAGAGAAAAAGGAAGAAGAUUUCUUCGCAGUAACUGAAGCAUUCCCGGAUACCACACCUGUUAAUACAAAUGGAUCAUUGUUGCCCAAAAUUGUUGCCACCGAACCCGUUAAAGUGAAAGAAUGUGAGGCAGAAUGCCAAGGUGCUGGACCAAAUGUCGCUGUUAUUAGCAAUCCAUCUCCCUCGGUUGCGGAACCAAAAGUUGCAAAAUCUCUGAUUGGACAGCGCAAACCGGCAGCGAAAAAACCAGGGAUGGGCGCCAAAAAAGGAUUGGGUGCGACCAAAGUGCAUACCAAUUUUGACGAAAUUGAAAAGGAAGCUCAACUUGCCGACUCGAUGCGUUCGCAGAAAAGCGCUGACGUCAAACCAGAAGAAACCGAAUCCCAGACAAACUCUCUACGACUAGCCUAUCAAGAUUUGAGCCUCGAGUCGAAGAAACAAUCGGAACGACUACAAAAGGUAGAUCCAUCGAAAGCGCAACAGGUGGAACGUUUGGGCAUGGGAAUCAUGGCAGCGAACAGUGGCCCGAGAAAUAUCAGUCAUUCCGCCAUAAGUGACAUGGCCAUUAUUCAACAAGAUUCUUCGGCCUUCACUAGUAGCUCGAGUGCGUCCGUUUUGGCUUCAUUGGACCGAAAAACGUUUGCAGUGGCUGAAGAAUCUUCUAAUUCGUUCUACUCCAAAAAUUCCGGACUUGAUGAUUUGCUGACUCGCGGGGGAAGCAGCAAAUCAAGUCGUGACUCGGAUUGGGACAUGUUGAGCGAUUUCGCCCCUGUUUCUAAGUCGUCUCAAAGCGCGGCCGCGUUCGGAGGUCCUAUUUCCUCGAGUUCGAACUAUGGAUCAUCCACUACCAGUGGCAAAUCAUCCAGCUCAACGUAUGGCUCUUCUACGAAAACAAAGGAAUUUUCUUCUGGCGCCUCCGACAGUGGGGAAGCGCAAAAGAAGUUCGGCAGCGCCAAAGCCAUUUCAUCUGACCAAUAUUUCCAGGAUUCCGGCAGUGCUGAUUACGAACGAAGGACAAACUUGUCACGAUUUGAAGGCUCGUCGGGAAUCUCGUCUGCUGACUAUUUCGGGACUGGCAAUUCCAACAGUGGACGUUCUAAAAACUCAGCCGGAGCUGGGUACAACAUCCAGACGCCUGACUUGGACGAAGUGAAGGAAAGUGUUCGCCAGGGUGUUACGAAAGUGGCCAGCAAACUCUCCUCAUUGGCUAACGAUUUCGCUAGCAGCAUACAGGAUCGUUACGGUUAUUAACUUAUUGCAUAAAAAUUAAAUAAUAAGGCGCUAAUGGAGAACAGCAUUUUAUCCGGACCGCUCGCUUCCUUGAAUCCGUUUACAGAUUUGUUUCCAUUAUUGGUAGAGAUUUAAACACGAUUUUUUUGUUGGUGUCUCUUAAACGAAGGAAGGGCAAAAUCCACCUUUACAAAAAAAAAGAAUAAUAAUAAUAAAAAGAAUAUAAACCCCAAGUGCAAUUGAUUGCUCUUGGCUGUGUGGUUGAUUACUUUUCUGAAAUGGUCUUGGCCGUCUUAAAAUUCUAUUUUCUUCCUUGCAAUCUAUGCUCUAUCUCAUUUAAUUAAUUUAGUUCCAUCAUCAUUUUUUUGUUUCUUCCUUCUUUCGUGAACAUGUUGGUCUUCUUCUCCAUCUGUUUGUUUCUUGCAGACAAUACAAAAACAAUAUCAGCCAUC